AUGCUUUUCACACCAUGUAGAUCUCUCUUCUUCUUAUAUACAGGCAUCGAAGGUUUGGCCAUCAAUCAUUGCCCGCGUGUUGAUAUGAUUACUCUCUUUCUUUCUUUUCCUAUCGUUCUUCCUUUCUUUCUGUUUUUCUUUCUUUCACUGACUCUCCCUAUCUAUCUCUCUCUCUCUCUCACUGACUCUCUCUCUCUCUCUCAUUUUCUUCCGUUUUCUUUCUUUCUUUCUUUCUUUCUUUCUUUCUUUCUUUCUUUCUUUCUUUCUUUCUUUCUUUGCCGUCUCCCCUUUCUCUUCUUCUUCGUGUCACGUGACGACCGGGUUUCCUUCGUUCAAGAACGUCACUUCCUGUCUCAUCUGGUUCGUUCGAUUCUCGGUCACCAACGGAAGUCGGUGACGUCGGCACUUUCGGGGUACUUCGUUUUUCUUUCUUUCUGCUUUUCGAUUUUUCUUUCUCUCAUUUUUAAUGCUCUUUUUUUCUCUUUCUUCUUUGUACAUUUUUUCUUUCUCUUUUACAUUUUCUUUUUCAGUUUAUUCGCUACCUAUUUUAAUUCUGCUUUCCUUCUUUCUAUCUUUCUUUCUAUCUUUCUUUCACACCCUUCUUUUGUUCUUUCUUUCUUUUUUCUUUCUUUCUUUCACACAGUUCUUUCUUUCUUUCUUUUGUCUUUCUUUCUUUCUUUCUUUUUCACAUAUUUCUUUCUAUAUUUCACAGGGUUCUUCUCUUCUUUCUUUCUUUCUUUCUUUCUUUCUUUCGCAUCCUUUCUUUCUUUCUUUCUUUCUUUCUUUCUUUCGCAUCCUUCUUUCUUUCAAACCCUUCUUUUUGCUUUCUUUCUUUCUUUUUUGCAUAUUUCUUUCUAUAUUUCACACGGUUCUUCUCUUCUCUUCUUUCUUUCUUUCUUUCUUUCUUUCUUUCUUUCUUUCUUUCUUUCUUUCUUUCACACUCUUCUUCCUUUCACACCCUUCUUUCUUUCUUUUCUUUUCUUUCUUUCUUUAUCUUUUUCACCUGAUUUAUCAAUUUUCGUUACCUACUUGAAAUUUUAUUAUUAUUUUAAGUUUUACCACCAAGAAAAAAAUCUUCCGUAUUUUUCCACUUUUCUUUUUGUUUUCUUUCUCCAUUUUUUAUGCGACAUUUACUUUCUUUUGACACUUUUCCUCUUCCGUUUUCUUCCUUUUUCUUUGUUUCCCUCUCCUUCUUCUUCUUCUUCUUCUUCUUCUUCUUCUUCUUUUCAACUUAUUUCUCACUCUCUCUUAUUCAUUACUACUUCUCUUUCUUCUUCAGCCUCUGCGAAUCUCUUUCUUCUCAACGGAGACAAAGUGGUAUCAACAAUUCUUCCCGCAUCUAACCUUCUUUUCCCAGUUUUCCUUUUCUUUAUUUUUCUUUCUCUUCUUUUUCUAUUCUUUCGUCCUUCUUUUUCUUUUAUUUUUCUCUUCUUUUUCUUUUUUUUUACUCUUCCUUUACCCUUCUUUUUCUUUUCUUUUUCUCUUCUUUUUCUAUUUCUUUUUCUCUUUUUUUCUCUUCUUUUUUUUUCCAGCUUUCUUUUUCACUCUAAUUUUUUUUCCUUCUCCGUUUCUUCUGUAAUAAAACCGAACCAACAUUGUUUUUUGACAACCUUAAAUCAAAACAAACAAAACAGUGAACCCAGAUCAAUUGAACAUGUCUAUGAACACAGUCUAUUCAUCAUCUAUCUAUCUAUCUAUCUAUCUAUCUAUCUAUCUAUCUCUCUCUGUUCUAUCUAUAUCUCUCUGUUCAUAUCUAUCUAUCUAUCUAUCUAUCUAUCUAUCUAUCUAUCUAUCUAUCUAUCUAUCUCAUUCUGUUACUAUCUAUAUAGCUAUCUCGUCCUGUUCAUAUCUAUCUAUCUAUCUAUCUAUCUAUCUAUCUAUCUAUCUAUCUAUCUAUCUAUCUCAUUCUGUUACUAUCUAUAUAGCUAUCUCGUCCUGUUCUUAUCUAUCUAUCUAUCUAUCAUGAAUCUCAAUCUAUCUAUCUAUCUAUAUUAUCUAUCUCGAAGAUAG